AUGGCACCCCUGUUGCCGCUCUCCUGGGAUGCUUGGGUUCGUCUUAGCGCUGCAACGUCUUCUUCGGACGAACAUCAAACGGUGUCCAGUAUCGGGAGCCUCGUCGAUUAUCGCGUGCUUCCACCCCCGCCUCGAUACCCAUCCCAGCAAGGAUACAAUGGCCUUGCGACCGGCCAGCCCAUACCCAUGAUCGAGACGAACAACGUCCUCACCAACCCCUCGGGGCCCGAGUACCAGUUCUUGGUCGGGUUGUACGUGCUCAAGGAGGACCUGCAUCUGGCGACUCCCCCACCGCACCCAUCCGAGGCCCCGAUUGUGAAUCCGAAUCCGCUCGCGACGACCCCCCAGCCAGCCACCACAGGAACGCGGCUUUCGCUGCUCAAUCUGGAUGUCAGUCCGGUGUCGCCCGCCGUCUACCGGACAAUCUCGCGGUCAGACGGGGCUCAGGGGAGCAUACAGGAGCACCCGGAGGAGAGCCAAUCGUCGACCGAUGUGCGCGAGAGCAGCAGCGAUGCUGGGCGCAUCAACUCGACCGACGCCCUUUUCUUUACGCCGAAUGCGCCAGCAUUUGGCGAGGGCAACACCCUCCUUGCGCCGGCAGCCCAGAAGGAUGCAGGCAAGCGGCGCAAGCCCAAGAACAACAUAUCUAAGAGCAAUUCUUCCUUCAUUUCCAGGGUGAUCAACCACGAGCAGAUUGCGAAGCGGCUGCAGGACCGGCCACGAGACGGGCUGUUCGCCUUUGCCAAUGUUAACCGAGCCUUUCAGUGGCUUGAUCUCUCAUCCCCGCAAAAGGGUAUCAUCAACGGGACACCAGUAUCUGAGAUCAGGUGGAUACCAGGCUCAGAAAACCUCUUCCUUGCGGCACACAUGGAUGGCACCCUUGUAGUCUACGACAAGGAGAAGGAGGACGCGAUCUUCUCACCACAAGAGGAGGGAGGCACCCGUGUGAGUGGCGAGAUCAACGGCACCGGCAGGGUCAACUACUCGUCGCAAAUACAUGUCCGCAAAUCGGUGCACUCCAAGAACCAGAAGACGAACCCGAUAGCGGUGUGGAAGCUGUCCAACCAUCGCAUAAACGCCUUUGCCUUCUCCCCCGACAACCGCCAUCUCGCCGUCGUCUCCGAGGACGGCACGCUGAGGAUAAUCGAUUAUCUCGAAGAACAGCUCCUCGACCUCUUCUACAGCUACUACGGCGGCCUGACGUGCGUCUGCUGGUCGCCCGACGGCAAGUACGUCGUCACGGGCGGCCAGGACGACCUCAUCUCCAUCUGGUGCCCGUCCGAGAGCCCCGCGCUCAUCGCGCGCUGCCAGGGCCACCACUCGUGGGUCACGUCGGUGGCGUUCGACCGCUGGCGCUGCGACGACCGCAACUACCGGUUCGGCAGCGUCGGCGAGGACCGCAGGAUCUGCCUGUGGGAUUUCAGCGUCGGCAUGCUGCACCGGCCGAGGGCGGCCUCCGUCCGACAGCGGGGCUCCAUCUCGUCGCGGCCCGGCCACGCGCCGCUGCAGCGCGCCGAGACAUCCGGCACGGCGGGAACCAGCGGCUCGGGCCGGGUGCGGUCCGACUCGGGCCUCUCGGCGGCGCCGGCGGACGGGGACAAGGAGAAGGUGCUGCCGCACCCGGUGGAGCCCAGGGCGACCACGGCGACGUUGCCGCCUGUUCUGAGCAAAACGGUGGAUAAUGACCCGCUUUGCUGGCUGGAUUUUACGCCGGAUGCGAUUUUGACGAGCUGCAAGACUGGGCAUAUCCGGACGUGGAACCGGCCUUCGGAGCUGUCGCCGCAGUUGGAGGAGAAGCGGAAGAGCUGA